CCAAGCAGGCUAGAGCCCAAUUAUGAAACUCUCCGACGGGGUUAAAUGCACCAAUUAAAGGGAAAUGAAAUGCCAGCGGCGAUUAUUGUAUAUGCUUAACAAUGGGAAGACCAAGUCCAACCAGAAGCGGCAGCAGCAGUGGGGAAGAAGACGGAGAUGCAGAGUGGAAAUCUGCCAUACAAUCAAUAGCCGCCGCCACCACCUCCACUUUCGCCGCUAAUGGUUUCAAUAAAUCCUUCUCCAACAGCUUCACAGCAUCAACAACAAAAACAAGAUGCAACCUUGUUUCACAUUCAACCCCAGAUACAGAUGAUGAUGAUGAAGAAGAAAAACAAAAGCAGCAACCCCAGAAGCUUAAACAUUACCAAAUCAAGGCACAUAAGCUUUUGGAAGACAUGUUAGAGAAGACUCUAGUGAUAGUGAAGGAUGUCAGUAAUGUCCCAGACGAUGAUAGUAUGGUAAAUGAAGGUGGAGUUCGAUUAUUUAAAAAUUCCACUCCUGGGAUUGUAUUUGACCACGUAGAUGAAAUUCAAGGACCCAGAAAGAGACCAAAAAUCCUUCCUGCAAGAGGGAUUGAUAAGAAUUCAAAAAAGUUUAGACGACAACUGCAAUCUGUAGCUGUGGAUGGACAAGAUAUAUUGGCUGCAGCAAUGCAUGCAAGCCAGAAAUCAUUAGCUAGACUAGAAGCUAAAGAUGCAGCAGCAAAAGAAAAAGCAAAGAGAGAGGAAGAUAGAAUUGCAGAACUGAAAAGGAUUAGGGGGGAGAGGUGGCUACCUUCAAUGGCUAGAGAGAUGCAGUUAAAUAGAAGUUCUGGGAAAUAGGUGUAGUCAAAUCAUUUGAAGUUGCUUGGAUGAUGGUUUUUCAUUGAUGAUUAUCACUGAUUCUUAACCUGGCGAUGCCUUGGUGUCCCCUCCUCAUUCUCUUUCUUGUUGAUGCUUGAAGCCUCCUGAUAUCAUUUUAUUUGUAUUUUACAUGUAAUUUUAAAUGUUCUAUAAUAGUCUAUUUUUGAAAUAGGAUAAUUGAAGCUCCUCUUUAUUGAUAUAUUCAUACAUGUACGAAUACAGACAUCGGAUGAUUUUGACAAUCAGCACAUAUGGAGCAUCAAUGAAUUAGCUAUCGCCUUAACAUUA